AUGUCCAUGCUCAACGGGAAAAAAGGGAAGCCAAGGUAUAUCAAAGCGUCUGCUUCACCAAAAACAGGAAAAACUCGUGAAAAGGCCGGAAAGAAGAUACCCAUGAACCGCUCAAAAAGAAGAAGUGCGCAUACGCGUUUUCAAUCAACUUUUUAG